CCAGUAUUGAUCUCACGGCCCACUGCUCAGUUACAAGUGUUCCCGCACUGCAAGACCGACACUCUUUCCCUGAGACCUGAAAGGCUGAAUCCUGCCUGGACUUGUGCAAAAACGCCAACUUUCGCCCACAAUGCGUCUUCAGGGGGCGUGGAAGCGCCAUGCUCUGCCGCUUACACUGUGGAUGGCCACGGCCGGGGCGACUAUCACAAGUCCACCCGAAAGAAGGCAGGAGCCUAGUAUCACGGCGAUCAGCGAUUGUGGCUUUAAGGCGCACGAAACUGUUCAAUUCUGCAAAGCGGGCACUGCCACAUAUACCGUUAUCGCGCCCGGAAUUCCAACUUCGGACCUCGCGUCGUCCUACACCGAAUGCCAUCCCCAUGUCUCCGAAACGUGGUGCAUGAAUCCCAACGGAGGAGAAGUCCAGGUUGCCGAGGCCACCCCGCCGCCCAGUAUCGAGUCAGUCACUGACUGUCAUAUGCGGGAUACUGAAGUGUACUGCUCAUCGGACGCGACCGAGUACAGAGUCUUGGUGACUGUGACGGCAACCGCGGAUCUGCCGCCCAUGUACACGGGUUGCCACCCCCACGACUCGGUUACAUAUUGCUUGACGCCGUCGGGAGACGACGCCCAACUCCAAAGCGAGUCGGAGGAAGCCGAGGCCGGCGCCGACGAGCCAACGGAAGAGAACUGCCACUUCCAUGCCGGUGUUGAGCACUGCGUCGGCGGCAGCGGAGGCGCUCGCAGCUGCGAGCGGACAGAUCGCGAGUAUAACAUUCCCCUGAGAAUCGGCCUUCUCUUUGCCAUUUUGGUCACCAGCGCCAUCGGUGUCUUUACUCCUAUCCUUCUCGCUAAGUUCCUAUCGACCAGAGCAAACACGGCUCUUUUGAUUAUCAAGCAGUUCGGCACUGGUGUCAUCAUGUCGACCGCUCUCGUGCAUCUGUUCACUCAUGCGGAACUCAUGUUUGGCAACGAGUGCCUCGGCGAGCUCAAGUACGAGGCCACCACGGCUGCUAUCCUCAUGGCCGGGCUGUUCAUAUCCUUCCUCAUCGAAUACCUCGGUUUCCGCUUUGUUAAGUCCCAGGCAAAGAAGUCGGCGGCAGUCCAGACCAUGGAAGGAGUCGCAGUGCCAAUGCAAAGCCUGCGGUCGCUCGAGAUGGUCAGCGUAUACGUCAUGGAAGCCGGUGUCAUUUUCCACUCCAUGAGUGAGUCCUUUCCCCAAAUUCUUCCCCCCGUUGAAGCACCAUAUGCUAACCAGCCCCAAGUCAUUGGUCUCACCCUCGUCGUGGCCGGCGACAGCUUCCUGCUCACCCUCUUCGUGGUGAUCAUCUUCCACCAAAUGUUCGAGGGCCUCGCCCUCGGCACCCGCAUUGCCGCGCUCGGGUCCGGCGGGAACUCGAGUUUCACCGUCGGCCACAGCCACGGUCACGGCCACGGCCACGGCGCCCCGAUCACGGACGCAAAACAGACCGGCGAAGGAAGCGCCUCGUCCACGGGCCAGGGCGACCCCGUCCCAAGCUACGGCGACGCCACCGGCUCGGCGCAGCCGCUGUUCCACGUGUCCAUGGCCAAGAAGAUCUACCUGGCGACGGCCUUCGCCCUCGUCACCCCCGUCGGCAUGGCCAUCGGCAUCGGCGUGCUCAACGUCUUCAACGGUAACGACCCGCAGACCAUCGUCGCCAUCGGUGUCCUGGAUGCUUUUUCUGCUGGCAUCCUGCUCUGGGUUGGUGUUGUUGAGAUGUGGGCCGCUGACUGGGUCUACGGUGGCGGCUUGACGGAUGCUAGUGCCCUGGUUACGUGUCUGGGUAUGGGCGGGCUCGUGUCGGGUAUGGUGAUUAUGAGCGUGCUGGGCAAGUGGGCUUAAUUAAGUCUUUGACACCUCGGGCCGUUUUGCGAGGCGGGAGGGUGUUUCUGUGAUACACUCUCC